CUGGUCUCUAUUUGUUUUUUAGGCAUUUAUUACUAGAGUUUCAGAGAAGUUCAACUUGUUCUCUGAAAUUGAAAUUAUUAAAUUCUUAUUAAAAUGAGGCAAUAUGGUCCUAAGCAUUUAAUAUGGAUAUUAAUUAUAUCCGGCAUUCUUAUAAAAGCCGAAGACGUUGGAGAUGAAUGCACCCCAAAUAACCAGAUAUCUGAAGGUAUCUGUACUCUGGUGAAUGAUUGUCCUCAGGCUGUAAUGGCAAUAAAAAAUAAAAGGUUUCAACCAUUUCAAAGAUGUGGAUUCAGAGGAUUUCAGGAGAUAGUUUGUUGCCCUACAACUGUGGACAAAUUUGGUCAAACAGAGAAAACAAGAACUAUUAAACGAAUUGCUGAACGAGAAUGUGACAAAAUCAUAUCUUCAACUGUACCUCCGCUCGACCUGUAUAUACUUGGCGGGGAAGCUGCAUCGAUGGGAGAAUUUCCUUACAUGGUUGCUGUUGGCUUCGACCGUGGUAAUGGUUACGAAUUCGAUUGCGGAGGUUCGUUGCUAUCCAACCUGUAUGUACUGACAGCUGCGCACUGCGUCGACACAUUGGAUCGGUAUUUUUAUAUUUCAUAAUAAUAUACUGCUUAGUAUGUGAAUUUCUUAGUUCGCCAUGAUGGACCAAAUCUGAAACUAUUAGGAACUGUGAAAAAGUCCAUCUCCGCAUUUAUAUAUUGAUAAUAUGUUUUGUAUUCGAGUUUUUAAAUCCUGUUGAAAUU